GCGGGAGAAGUUGGAAGUGCAAGUGGGAGAGGAAGGUCGGGAGGAUAUGGUUGAGCAGCUGGGGGGCACUGGGAAGAGGGCGGGGGGAUCAAAGAGUGUGGAACGUUGACAUCUGAGGGGUUUUGAACUAUUUGAAAUUGUUUGUUGUGAACUUGAAUGUAGAUUAAAAGUCGAAGUAUUUUGUUGCUGCUGACUUUACUUACAAAGGGAAAGGACAAGGAGGAAUGACUUGGAGUGAAGGAGUAGGACCGACAACUUCAUCCUCAUCAUCAACGCAAGUCGAGAGCGGAGGAGUUCCACAUACUGUCAUUCCAUUACGUGAUUGUCCGCACUUGGUCGAGAUUAGCGAUCUUCCUGCUGAAGGCGUUAAUGCACACGCAUCUUGUUCGGAAUGCCACUCCAGUGUGGAACAGUGGGUUUGCUUAACUUGCUAUUCGGUUAACUGCAGCCGUUAUAAUGCUGGUCAUGCAAUCGAUCAUUGGAUACGUACUGGUCAUUCUAUGGUGCUGAGUCUAACCGAUCUUUCGGUCUGGUGUUAUCCAUGUGAGUCUUACGUACACCACGAACGACUAAUUCCUGCAAAGAGUGCGGCACAUCAGUCCAAAUUUGGUAUUCCUACUCCAGAACAAGGAAGGUCAGAAUCUGAGAAUCCUGGCAACUAAUUAGUCCUCAUCAGACCUCACCAGAUUAAUUGAUAGUGAUAAUUUCAUAAGUAAUUGGUAGUGUCUCAUGAAUAAGACCCUGCUUAUUUUGUAUUUUCUUUGCUCUUCCUUUAUUGAUAUUGGGAGCUGGUAAACAUUAUGGAGAACAGAUGCACACUGUUCCUUUCACGUAAGCUUCUUGUUGGGUAUUCUAUUAUAUUUUCGCACAGAUUGUAUGAAUGAUGUUUAGUUACACCUCUGUAAUGAGUUUUGACCUUUGCAUUUGUAAUUUCUAAAUCCAAUUCAUAUUAAUGCAAAAAUAGCAGAUGUAUUUCCAGCUUGUUUUGGAAAUGUCUUUGAAUUUUGGGAAUCUGGACAUUUCAAACUUCCCUUGUACUUACCUUUGUUCAUUAAUAACACAAGUGAAAUACAUUGGUC